ACGAAGUAUAGGGGCAAGAAACAUACAGAAGAAAAGAAGUCAGAUUGGUAUGAAGCCUUCCGUUUUAACUGAAAGGAAAUCUUCAAGCGACGCUUGUCAUCCGGAGUCUGUGACGAGCCAGGUAGCCUCAGCUGUAACUGACUUGAAUUGCCUUCACAGAGCAACCACUGCCCUUCAUCCUUUCGCCCCCCCAGAGCCCUCUGCGGUGACAUUCAAUGCUGGGAUCGCAUUCGACUAUGUCAACUUUCCGAGGAUUGUAUCAGUGUGUUGGCCGGAAUGCAAUACUCAAGCUGGUAUGUCUGUGGUGGUAAGAGAUGAGUUAAUGCCGACUACGAAUAAAACUGCAUUCAACAAGAUUGAAGGAGCAACGGGUGCUUCUGUCGUUAACGGUGGCCCGACUCUUACUGAGCCUAUGGACCCUCCUGUUAACACCAUAAACCCAGUGGAAAAGGAACACUUGAGAAAAGAAAAAGAAAACAACUCUUCUACAAAGGAAACCACAAUCUCAACUCCACUUAAAGAUGAACUCCAGACUCAAAAGCAACGAGAGUGUUGCAGAUCGACAGAUCUUAAUGUAUCUACGAAAGUAGAAGCUAACUUGAAAUGCAGAAAGCAUUCAAGAGAAACUCCAGUUGACUUUAUCCAAGAAGAUGCACCUAUUGGACGUCGUAAAAGUCGCAAAGCAAGCAAUCAGGAUAGUUUGGAACGGGAUUCCGCUAAACCGAACCUGCAUAUGAAGUUUUACCCGCUUGAUGAUGAUAAUGAGCAGAGUGUUUUGAAAGUACAGAGUAGCUUUGGUAGUGUGAGACGCGAUGACGAAAAGCUUUCACAAUCAGGCAUUGGAAACGUUACAAGCCAACAGUUCGAAGCGGCGAAUACGACGUUUGAAACAUCAGGAGCAAGUAUGGGUCUCAAGAAAAUUUCACGAUCCCACAAAGAUAACAUGGAAAGCCAUAGCUCUAUCGCCAUUCGUCCAGCUACCGAACAAAAGAGACCUCAAAAUGAUCUACCAAAGGACAAUACCCAAGAAAAUGUCCGUGAUCUGAUCAGGAGGAUUCGUUUUAUCAAAAGUCGACUUGAUAGGGCGGAGUCAGACUUCAGGAAGAAACGAAUGCUGAGAGCUAUUGUUGGUUUACGGAAGAAAGUCAAAUCUCUCACUGAAGGUAUGAGGGAUAACAAGGCCGAGCAAGGCAAAAGUCAACAGAAAACUGGCGCAGGUUGCUCGCUCAAGGAAGCGGAUAGCAGCCGGGAAUCAGAGCGGGAGAGCGACGAAAACCUGAUCAAAAACUCAAAUGUCAUUCAUGUAGCCGAUAAUAAAGCGGUUACUGAUCAAAUGAUCGUGAAUGAAGGUGGGGACACCGAGGUACAAGGAUGCAAAGACAAACAAAAAAGCAGAGAGCCCAUCAAUGCAGCCAAAAUUGAGGACGGGUACAAAUCUAAAACAUCCUACAAUGAUGACAUCCAGAUGAAAAAUAGCAAUUGUCGAAAGGGUCGUGGCAGCUUGACUUUGAUAAAGUCGAAUGGGGGAAAUGAAUCAUUUCUAAGACUUCCAUCGGAAAUUGGAUUAGAUCUUUCUUCUCCUUACAGGAAAAGGUCUGCCUCCACGUCUGACGCUGAAAAAUUAGAGAACAGCAAGGCGAAGAAAAUGAAAAUUCUAUCAGGCGGGGAAUCAGAGGCUGGGAUCAAUACCAAAACGGAAGAAGUGUCACAUAAUGUUCAAAGAGUCACGCAAUCUAGAAUAGACGAAAAUUAUGUGACGCCAACUGACGAUUGUGCCAUAUUAGCCAGGCGAGAAUUUGUUCUAUGCUAUCCCGAUUUCACGCAGUGCAAACAUUGCAAAGGCGAUGGUUACGUAAGCGUCAAAAUCGAACCGUCAGAUCCGCCUUUGGACUACGAAGUUCAGAAUCUGGAAAAUGAAACAAGAGAGAAAACACAAGAAGAUGAAGGACCAAGAAAAGAUUGUCAAGUUUCAUUGGAGGACAUAAAAGAAAAAGAAUUAGGUAACAACAGCACUAAUGAAUACCACCAAACGGACGAAAAGCAAUCUGAAUGCUCACAAGUUUCAGGGAAAGGGUUUUGUUCAGAGAUUGAUUAUUUACAAUUCAACCCAAGAGAGCAAGCGAACAACUCAACCCCAAAAGAGCAUGAAGGGUCUUCGCUCGAAAUAAUUUUACAAGACGAACAAAAGGAAGGGUUUACAAGUCCCACGAUACAUAAUCCAAGUGGAAGACAGGAGGACAUCGACUUGAUGCAAAGUUUGCAAAUUCGCGAAGCGAGAAUUCGAAACUUAGCGCAAAAGAGAAAAAGGCUUCUGAAUUUGGCGGGGCUCAAGUUCAAAUAAAGAAUGU